CUUGAAACAAACUAUAGAGAUUAGAGAGAGAGAUAGAUAACAAGGAAACACAAACAAAUUCUUUUGACCCUUUGUUUAUUAUAUAACCCGAUUUGCACAAUUCCCCAUAAACCCAUAUUUAAGAAACUUGAGUUUCUAAUUUGGCUGGUCUUUUUCAGAAGAGAUAAUAAGAGAGAGAGAGAGGAGUUUAUAAUGGCGGCUUAUAAGAGGAUCAAUAGUCCUCAAAAACCAACAUGCAUUAGCAUUAUCUGGUUCUGCCUCUUGGUUUCUCUCUCUCACCAUGGAAGAGCAUCUUCUUCGUCGACCUCAACACCUUUCUUUAAUCUUUCUCUCCCACACCAACACCCAUUCCCUGAAGAUGUUGUUCUUAAUGUUCAAAGAAAACUCAACGAUUCGCUCUCCAGAAGAAAGCUUAUCACCAUCCAACAAGACAACGAAACGACAGCGUCGGCGCCAAUACCUUCUUGCGUCACCGGGAAUCCAAUCGACGACUGCUGGCGCUGCGACCCAAACUGGUUUGAAAACCGCCAACGCCUCGCCGACUGCUCAAUCGGCUUCGGACAAGGUACGCUCGGCGGUAAAGGCGGCCGAUUUUACGUCGUCACCGAUUCCUCCGACAACGACGCGGCGAACCCAAGUCCCGGAACCCUCCGUCACGCCGUGAUCCAGCCGGAACCCCUAUGGAUCAUCUUUUCCGGCGACAUGGGGAUCACGCUCAAACACGAGCUCAUCGUCGGGAGCUACAAGACGAUCGACGGACGAGGAACGAAUAUCCAAAUCACCGGCCAUGGAUGCCUCACGAUCCAGCAGGUGAGCCACGUCAUCAUCCACAACAUCCACAUUCACCACUGCAAGCCCUCUGGAAACACUUUGGUCGCUUCGUCGCCGACACACGUCGGGUUCCGAGGAGUCUCCGACGGUGACGGAAUCUCAGUGUCGGCUUCGCAUCACAUUUGGAUCGAUCACUGCUCUCUCGGAUACUGUGCGGACGGACUCAUCGACGUCAUCCUCGCAUCAACCGCCGUCACAAUCUCCAACAACUACUUCUAUCACCACGACGAGGUUAUGCUCUUGGGUCACGACGACAGGUAUACGGCGGACACUGGGAUGCAGGUGACAAUUGCAUUCAACCAUUUCGGAGAAGCGCUGGUGCAGAGGAUGCCACGGUGCAGGCACGGUUACAUCCACGUGGUGAACAACGACUUCACGGCGUGGGAAAUGUAUGCAAUCGGCGGAAGUGCUAACCCUACGAUCAAUAGUCAGGGUAACCGUUACACCGCACCUCUUGAUCCCAAUGCCAAAGAGGUGACGAAGCGCGUGGAUGCAAACGAGAAACAAUGGGGGAACUGGAACUGGAGGACGGAAGGAGACGUGAUGGUUAACGGAGCGUUUUUCGUGCCGUCAGGUGACGGAGUGAACCCUGCCUACGCCAGAGCCACCAGUGUUCAGGCGAAAGCCGCCGCUAUCAUUGACCAACUCACGGUCAACGCCGGCGUCUUUGGCGAUCCCAGUGGGAGAAACGGCCAAGGAGGAGGUUUUCCCGGAAUCACGGGCGGUGGUGGGACCAUCACACGCGGUUACAGUAAAAGUGGACCUGGCGGCGGCAGCAGCGAUAGCGACGGUGGCCUUUUCUCAAUGAUAUUCGGUAGCAAUACCAGUGCGGCGGCAGCUCUGAAGCCGACACAAGUCUGGUCGAUUUUAUUCACUAUCAUUUUAUAUUGGUAUUUUCCACACCAUACGAGAUGAUCAUUUCAUUAUUAGCUCAAGGGUUUAUUAUAUAAUUAUGGGUACAAAAGAAAUAUGAAAAAAAGAAAAAAGUGUAUACAUAUUUUUAUAGAGAUAUAUAGGUACACACGCAUUUGCAAGUUGUAGAAUAUGUGAGGAAAUAUAUACAAAACAUCAAUAUUCUUGUUUGAUGGCUAAACUUUUUUGGUCCCAAAUUGGGGCUUAUCAAUUGGCUGGAGGAAUCUUUUACAGUGUAUGUACUUUUUAAUUAUUUAUUUAUCAUUACUAAAUGUUUCUUGAAUUCC